AUGGUGACAACUAUGGACGAUUCUGCACCCACAACACCUCUUUCUCCUCAUGAAACAACCACCCAGGAAGAUCAAAUACAGAAGCUGAAGGCCGAAAAUCGGUUAGCGGCUGGAGAUGGCGACGACUCGAAGGACGACCAGGCCGGAGUAGAAGACAAGGAAAACGGUGAGGCCUCACCUUCUCCAGUAAACAACGCAUCAACGACUUCCGAUGAUGCUAGUGCCGCAACAAACGGUGGCUCGGCCUCAAGCGAUGUGGAAUGCAUUGAGAUUGACGAAGAAGUGAGCGAACCUCCAGCAAAGAAGUUAAAAGGCAAUGACUCUAAUGACUCCGAUGUCGCUGUCAUUAAUGUAGGUCUAUCAUUCAUUUCACUUUUCUCGUUUUCUAUUAGCUCAUCGUUAAGGGAAAGAACGAAGAGAAACCAUCACAAAAGGAGGACAAACAUAAAGAGAAGAGAGGCAGAAUUGACCAGCCCUGGAGCUCUGUUGAAUAAAUUAGAAGAAUACGUUUCAGACGCUAUCGACAACAAAAAGAACAUAGAUAGAAAGGUUCUCGACGCAUUAUUAGGCGCAAUUAAUGUACAAGUGCAGAAGGAACCGCUUAGUACGGUAGACAUGCUUAUCGAGCAUGAUCCGGAUCACCCCCUUUCGAAAGUAAUCACCAGGAUGUUCGGAGAGGAGCGACCUAAACUUAAUGACACAGAGAAGAAGGAACGACAAUCAUUAAAGCUACACAACAAUGCUCCACAUAUGACAAAGUUACUUCUGGACAUAGGACAAGAUUUGGUUCAGGAGUCAACCUACUGCGACAUUGUGCAUGCUAGGAAUCUGCCAGAGACACCAAAGAAUAUUGAAACUUAUAAACAGGUAGGAGUUUGCCUUUUAGUCCUCAUCUUCAAUUCUACACGCUGUGCAACAUGA